GUUUUAUCACUUUAGCAUCACAAUACCUAAAACAUAUUAAACUCAAAUAUUACAGUACUGAAAUAAAAGUUAACAUUUUUAGGAGGCAGCAGUUCUACGGUUGUCGAGUAAAUCAUCAAAAUCUACAAUUCGUGUAAAACGACAACAAUGCAACUGCUGUCCUUGCCCGGCAACUUCAGCUUCCCAAACUUUGUGUACAUGUCCAUCACCAUGUCAAUGUAUACCAGGGCAGUAUUCUGGACAUCCUGAAUACAAUAGUAUGAACUAUGCCGCACAAAAUUAUAACGCUGGAAGCUACGGUGGGUACAGUGCACAGAUAUACAAUACUAGAGGGUAUAGUGGAUAUGGUGGACAAAAUUAUGAAGUACCUUAUGCUGCAUAUGGCACUCAAAAUUAUAAUGGAGCAAACGGGGAUUACAGUUUUGGAAUGAACCCAAGCUACGGAUAUGGAUGUAGUUCAGGGUCAAGUUGCGGUACUAUUCCAGUGACCUCGUACAGUAAUAAUCAUAAACCUUAUGCUUCUUCAAAUUUCCUCCCUGAUAUUACUGCAUGUUCAUCAACAUUCAAUCAGGAAUGCUACUGUGGAACCGGAUAUUCGCCUUGUAGUGGUGGAAGCUUUUGUUGCAAAAAUAAUUAUUGA